AUGGCGCUUGAUGUCUGGGAGGUGCUCCUCAUCAUGCUGAAUAAGUUGGCAUUGGUUUCAUUCAAUUUGGGACGCCAGAGCUCCGGCGCCGGCAAUAAUCUCUUCGCCAAAGAUGAUUUCUGCGGUGAACUUUGUUCCCACAGUUGCGUCAGGUCCUUGCGAGAAAAACCCAGUAUGUGCGAAGCUUCGAAUCUCUCCAGAGUUGGUUCAAAGUUGAAGGUUCACCAGAGGCGCAGUGUCGUGGAGGAGCUAGUGGAGGAAAUAGUGAUUGUGGCAGAGGAGAAAGUUGGUGGUGUUAGUGCCAAUGGUGGAAGAAGAGGUGAUGGUUGUUGUGGCGAUGGUGGAGGAGGAGGAGAAAGAGGUAGUGAUAGAGGAGGAGGUGAUGAUAAUGGUGGAAGAGGAAGAAGAACAUGGUGUGGUAGUGGUAAUGGAGGAGGAGAAGGUGGCGAUAGUAGCAUAGGAGAUGAUGGUAGUGACAACGACGGUGACAGCAGUGAUAGAAGGGAUAGGAAUGACUGUGGUGGACAGCAACAAAUGGGGAGGGGGGAGGGGUGA